CUGGUUUAGCGCGCUUUCACACUAUUACUAGUAACAACUAGUAACAAAAUAUUAUGAUUAACCCUACAGCAUGGAACGUCGAACGAAACGAAAUGUUGUACAAAACUGCUGGAAAGGUUCAGCUUCGAAGAUAUGGUGCAUUUCUCGAGCACCUCGCCGAAAACCUUCCAUCGGAUCAUUCGUCUCUUGAACAGCUCCUCGAAGGACCCGUUCGAUUAAUAUAUAACGUAGAUGAGGAUAUAAGUAUCUUAUCCCUGGUCGACAUAGAAAAUAAAACUAUUUCGAAGGUAUUAGCAGCCGUGGCAGGAACAUGUCGAGAAGUUAAAUUACUGAAGGCAGAAGCUGGCAUAUUUCAUGGGAAGUUAUUCUCUCAUGGCGAGAGAAUAUCCGAAGGCAACGGUAGCAACAUCGGUCAGCUCGUAUCGGAUUUGCAAGACCUCUCGUUUUAUGCUAACCGUGUUACGACCGUUACAUACAUGAUCGUUCGACAGUUAUCUGGUCUAAUUACUGGACAAUAUGAAUUCUAUUUACCAGUUUUGAUAGAACACUUGAUAGAUACAUUAAUUCUUCUGGUCACAUUGGACGAGAUAAUAGAUGCGCAGCCUAUGAUUCUAGAACUAUGGAAAGAGUAUCAGAUGAGGGUACACUCCGCGAUACAUAAUCCAACGCAAUUCUCGGUGGCACCAUCGAGACUUCCUGCUUUAAACAAGCUUUUGACAGAUUUAAGGAAUCAGCUGCUGUCUAAGAAUCUGUUCAAUAAGGCCUUAGAAGAUGCAAUGGAUAUUAACAAAAGUUCUAUAAUGUGCGAUCAUCUUGUGAAUUACCUAAAGAAUAUCAUAACCGACAUCGAAAGCAAAUUGAACGAUCCUGCUGCGUUUAACAAGAAUUGGAUUCGGGCAAACGUUGGUGCCGUUGCCACGAUAAAACUAUUCGGUUCCAUGGACAAGAAAGUGAUCAAAAGACUGCAUGAAAUAAACAGGAAGCAUUAUGCAGUGACACUUGCAGGAAACGUACUAUGGAUUCCUAAUAAGUUCUUUGGCGAUCUCUUACCAAGAGAGGCUGGAACAUCCGUCGGUACUCAAAUAGGAGAGAAGCUUUUGACAGCUAGAACACAAAAGCUGCAGGCAACGACAAGUCAGUUAGUGUAUCGUGCCAUUGUUUGGUGUGCCGACGUGUAUGCCAUGUCGACGAGGACUGGAAUUUUUCAAAUCUCCGAUUUAACCAAGAAACAUACUUUACUUUGUGACAUCCUAACAUUAAUCCUGCAAAUUGCGGAGGUGGUAUCGUUUGUGACAAAUUUACACGGUGCACUAUCAAAGCCAAUGAGUCGCAGUACGGUAAGACUAAUAUGUCGCCUGAUCGAGACUCAGAAGGUAUUGGAGGUGUCCUUUCGUACCUUUGCCCCAGUGAUAGUCCAAUCGCAGAUCCAGAUAAUUCAACAUCUUUCCUACCAGAUCCUGACAGUCCUGGAAACAGCGAGAAAGGGAUUGAUUCAAAAGGACAAAGGAUACAGUAAAGAGAGACUGGACUCUCUUUCACUGAUCGGACUAGGAAUGCGUCUUUUAAACGGUCCAGGAACCACGGAUCGCCGACUGAUCGCACGCUGCGCUUUGGCCAUCGCCAGUCAAUCCAGUGACUGCCUGAAGGACGAUGAGGUAGCGAAGCUCAGAUCCUUUUUAAACUCUUACGAUACAGUGGUCGACUUGAACCACCUGAUCACAGAAGCGUGUGACUUCUCGAUUCUAUUGCACCACCGCAGCAUGAUCCCUGCAUACAUGUCCACAGUGCUCGAAGAGAAUCUGAACAUCGGUCACUUCGCUUACCUAUUGAAUGCCUUCGACGAUGCCAUUCUUCGACAAGCAUCAUCGGAGUUAGUGGAAGCAAGGACAUCGGAGCAGAGGGAACUUCUCAGGAAAAGGAUCCUAGAACCAGCAGGUAGGGAAAUCGAGACAAAGCUAAGACUACACGUGCAUUCGGACUUGAAGGUGGACAGCAGUAACCCCUUCAAAACGGGCGUGAAGGACAACAACCGCGUGGUUAGGUGCACUCCACUCCCCAUAGCGGGGCACUUGAUAUCCACAAAGAGGUUCAUCGAGCACUACCUCGACGAGAUGUUCUACAACCUGACUACGGUUGCCCUGCACGAUUGGAAGACCUACGUGACGAUGCAGCAACUAGCCAACGACACGUUGGGUCUCCACCUUGUAGAGAAUCACCUACCGACCCAGUCGUUGGAGCAGGGCCUGGACGCCCUGGAGAUCAUGAGGAACAUCCACGUGUUCGUGGCGAGGUACUCGUACAACCUGAACUCCCAAUUCUUCAUAGAACGCGAGAGUUCCGGUAAGCAUUUAAACACCAUAGGAAUCCGUCACGCGGCGAAUUCCAUAAGAACCCACGGAACAGGCAUCAUGAGCACGACCGUCAACUUCGUCUACCAGUUCCUCCGAGUGAAGCUGCACACCUUCUCGCAGUUCCUCUACGACGACCACAUAAAAUCUAGGCUGAUGCGAGAUAUAAAAUCCGUGAAGGCGCAGCGAGAAUGUGGAAAAACCCCCUACACCUACGAGCGAGCGGAAAAGUUCCAGAAGGGGAUUAGAAAAUUGGGGAUGACGCCGGAUGGUUUGAGCUACCUGGACCAAUUUCGUCAGCUGAUCUCGCAGAUCGGGAACGCCCUGGGGUAUGUAAGGCUAAUCCGAUCCGGAGGGAUGCACGCCUGUUCGAAUGCGGUCUCCUUCCUGCCGGACGUGCAGACGGUGACGGCCUUCCAGGAGGUCUUGAAGGACCUCGAGUACUCGGACUCGACCAAGGCCGUUGCCAGACGCCUGGAGGCCGACGUGGCGAACCUGGUGCGCAACUUCACCGAGGCCGUGAAUUACUUCAAGCUCCUCCUGGACGUCUUCUCCUCGGCUUUUCGCGACGUCAAGUCCUAUCAUCUCCAGCAGUUCUACGCGAUCGUGCCUCCGUUGACCCUGAGCUUCGUCGACAACGCGGUGGACGGCAAGGACAAGAUGUACAAGAAGAACAAGGUCGGCGUGUCGUUCACCGACGACGGCUUCGCCAUGGGAGUGGCCUACAUAAUUGCACUGUUGGGCCAGAGCAACGAGCUCGACAGUCUGCAGUGGUUCAAGACGGUGGACGAGCAAUUUGCCGAGGAGAAGGCCUUGGCGGAGAGCAAAGAGCAUAGGAACGACUUUAAGUUGCAACAAACCAAAGCCCUGACGCUGAAGAGACUGGCCGACAGGACUCAGGAGUUCCAGCUGCUCUAUUACACUCUCUCGGGUGCCAGGGCUUUCUUCGAGCAACCGAAUAGCUAAACCUGGGUACACAUCUGAAAACGAACGCGGAGGAGGCAAGGUGAGGCGGAACAAAUGUCUCGUCCUCGGAUGUGUACCCUGCUUAAUGUACACGGAAUGGACCACCAUCGAGCGGAGUAUUCGUUCUCGUCACCCGGUACUCACAACUGCAUCUCUCGUUUAUUGGGACGUAAUGUGUGAUGUACCUUAAAUAAAAUGUACAAUUAGAAAACAUAAGAUUCCUUCGAUACAGCCGCCCGUACGCUAUUAGUACAAACCGAAUUUAGCUCAACUCAUGUAUCGCGAUAUUAAUACUUUCAAUAAUUACUAUAACCUAGUUUAUAUCCAUUGCAUCAUAAUAAAUACAAUUACCUACGUA